CUCGUACGGAGAUUUGUAUGUUUAUGAUAACAAUUUCAAUAGUAACAAGCGAACUCUUGGUCCAGUCUCAAGUUAUUUUUCAAUCAUUUUCACUUCACUCUGCAGACAUAAAUGAAGAGCCAGUUUGAAAAGUGGAGUUAAAGCUGCGUUUCUUUGGAGGCAUUAAUAAGUUUGCUAGUUCUAACUAGCUGGUGGUCAAGUUUCUCAACCUACUAUUGUUGUAGUAUAGUGUAGUGUAGUCUGAGAGAGGUUCUUGUGUGUGUGCUAUACUGUAAAUGCUCUGCUAUGUCAUGAUAUUGUUAUAAUAUUGUUGACACUGAAGUGUUUUCAAGUCAUGCACUAUUGCCAUUGACUCUGAGAAUAUAAGCCACUACAAACUUGGUUGUUUGUCAAGCUAAAAUUUUAAAAAAUGCUCAAAACUGAACUCUUUACAAAGCCAUCUGCGUAAAAUUUCGUCAUGGAUACUGAUCAUUGGCUUACAUCCAAAGUUGAUGCUGAGGAACCUAUUAGAGCCUAUGGAGCUACAGCCUCCAAUGCGUCUCCCACUGGAAAAAUACGAAAUCAGGAAGAUGUGGACAUUCAGCUGUAUGAUUUUAAAGGUGUGAACUUCAAGGAUCCUUUAAUACCUCAGAGCCAUUCAGUUCCUAUCAAUGAAGAAAGAAAACCAGCUCAGCGGCCGACUUCCUUGCUGAGUAGUCAGUCUAGUGAUCACCACAGUGUUGCAUACUCGGAUACGUCCUUCAAUCAACAUGACAGCUGGUUGAGGCAUCCCAAGGUGAGAGAGAAUUGGAAAAUUGUUCUGGCAUCUGCUUUUUUGUCAGUACUGGGAAUAGCUCUGGUUUUGAGUGGGAUCAUACUGGCGUUCACCCCUGCUCGAGGCUGGCAUUGUUUGAUCUUUUGCUUCAUUGGUCUCCUGUGUGUGAUACCAGGAGGUUACCACUUUGUGUACAUUUACUGUGCAGCCUUGGGCCGUCCUGGCUACCAGUUUGAAAACCUGCCAGUGUUACGCUGAGUCUGUGAUCUUCACACUCCCUCUGUGGCCUUGCCGAAGGGACAAUUCGUUGAUGGAGGGCAUUGAUCCUUCCUCCUUUCAUUUGAACAACGCGCCAUUGAUUGAAGGAGCUGUCCUGAUUUAAUUCAAUCGCCCUUCACCGUUCGAAAAGGGUUUGAGAUGGGGAAACAUUUCUGUCUUAUCACAGACUUUCACACUGACCAUCACCACUUUCUUCAUAAAUACAUUCCUUGAUUUUGUGAACUAAUGUGUCCAUGCAGCAAAAAUGAAUGUAUACAUGCUGUCAAAGUGAAUGUGUACAUGCAGGCAAAGUGAUAUAACUCAAACUUUAAGCCUUGUCAGUUAAGACAAGUUCUACUUUUUUCUUUCUGAACAAGUGUUCCCAUCCUUCAUUUUUUUCUUUGUUUACAGAGCUGUCGAAUCAUUAAAAUAUUUAUGGGUUUCUCUUUGACAAAAACAAAGUUUUAAAACAAAUAAAUCAUACUUAAGCACUGUUUGCACCUAAAUGUGAAGUAUUAAACUUGUACUUAAAUGAUGCGGUUAAUGUGAUUGAGGCACCAAUGGAAUUUCAUAAUCAGCUACCCAUGUUAAUUCAUGUUAGCUUCUGCAAUGCUUGGAAUUGAAUUUUCUUUAAUUGCCUAUCUGUGUGCUUUGUUACAUUAAGAAAAAAGAAAUGUCACAUAAGUGUUAGCCCACCACUUGCUACUGUAGAAGACAAGUUAGUGUACAGUAAGAAGAAGUUGUAUAGAUGAUGUCUAAAAUGUCAUCAAGAAUCGCCCUGGUCAUUUCAUAAUGGCUCUCAUCUCAUUUCCUGAAAGAAAUUCAGAAUGUGCAAAAAUAGAACUUUAAGUUUCUGAUGCACAGCAUUUUUGACAUUACCAAAGUCUCAUUCUGUAUUUACCGGUGGUUUUGUUUUGGAAACUAUUGGUUUUAGUUUUCUCGAAAUGAUUUACACUUCAGUGCAUUAUGUGCUAAGAGAGGUCUGAAAUAGAGAAGAAGGUUAAGUUGAAGUGUAGAGAAGGUAGUGAAUGAAGAAAAUUGAUUCGUCCACUAAUGCAGCUACAAGAACCUAAAA